GACCUGGUAACCCUUGGCUUGUGUUUGCCGGCAUCUUGUACACCAAAUGAACUUGACGUUAUCCUGAAGAGACUUUUUCAUCAGAGGACCCUUAUCGUCGGCGAAUUAUAUAGUGCAGAUUUCAAGUUAAUCGAGAUUAGAGACUUGAAGGACGACCAUCCAUGGUGGAGUGAUGCUGUUAUGAUAGUGGUUGGAUCUAUAAUUGCGCUGUUAUGUAUCUUAAUGAUCCUUGGAACGAUCUACGACCUAUUUGUUUACCAAAGGCACUUGAAGUACAAAAGGAAGAUGCAAAAUUGCGAAAACAAUAAUACAUCCGAACGAAAUGGAACAAGCUUCAAAUCAAAUUUGGAGAAUCAGCAGUCCACGGUAUUGACUGCACAUCAGCAAAGUGUUUUCGGAAAAAUAUUAAUGUGCUUCUCGAUUUACACGAACACGAAAAUCAUAUUCGAUACGAAACUGGGACCCGAAUCCGUUCCACCCAUCCAUGGUUUGAGAUUCAUUAGCAUGAUUUGGAUCAUUAUGGUCCACACGAUUUUUUACAUGAGUGACUACGCAGAUAAUAAACCAUGGUCCUGGAGGAUGGCAGAAGGUUUUGCAGUACAAGUGAUAAGUAAUUCGACCGUAUCAGUCGAUACUUUCUUUUUCUUAAGUGGGUUUUUAGUAGCUCAUUUAUACUUCACCGGCAAAAGAGGGAAAGAAGAUAGCAAGCCCUACAAUUACCGAACCAAAUUCAACGAGUUUCUUGUCACCGUUCUGAGGAGAUAUCUUCGAUUAACUCCAGCGUACAUGAUGAUGGUGGGAAUUCUGCAGAUCAACUCCACCUGGUACGGUGAGGUGUCGCAAUUUUACAUGACUGAGCGGCCACAGGAUGUCUGUGCGAAAUACUGGUGGAGAAACAUAUUAUACAUCAAUAAUCUCUUUGGCAGAGACACAAUGUGCAUGUCCUGGAGCUGGUACCUCUCAAACGACAUGCAGUUUUUUAUCAUCGCCUCUUUCUUGUUGAUCCUUUCGUCAAUGUACUUUCAUGUUGCCGUUGGAAUUUUGGGCUUCCUACUGACCAGCUCGACCCUUAUCACGGGAUAUUUAUCAUAUACUUACGAAUACGUGCCCACAAUGGACGAGCAAUACAACAUGCUGGAUGUGUUGUAUGAUCCACCGUGGACAAGAAUAGGACCUUACAUUGUAGGGAUGUGCACUGCAUACAUUUUAAUUCGCCUGAAUAAUCAACUGGUCCUACGUAAGAGAACCUUGGUACUUUGUUGGUGCAUAGGAAGUUCUUGCAACGUGUUGGUGCUUUUCGGCCUGUGGGAGAGAUAUCUACCCAUUUUACCUGCCGCGUUUUACGUUGCUCUUGGUAGAACCGUUUGGGCCAUUGGACUUGGUUGGUUGCUCAUUGCUUGUUGUACAAAUCACGGAG